UUGAUCGGUUAGAAAAGAGAAAAAAAGAAAAAGAAAUCCAUGAAUGGAAUCGGAAUCCCUAUCCCACCCAAGUAAAAUCUGACAUGGCAAUGGCAAUGGCAAUGGCAAUGGCAAUGGCAUGAUUUUGAUAUUUUUUCAUGAACCGGGUCCUACUAUAAUUUUCAAACCUUCAAUCAAUCUCCCCAUACGCUUCUCCCACAGAAUCAAACGACUCUGCCCUGCCCCUCUUUUCUUCUUCCUUUCUCGUCUCUUUUCUCCUCUCAAAACCAAACCCUAACCCUAACUCUUCCCUAGUUUCUUCAGGAAUUAGCCGUUGACACCUAGUCAAAACCGCACGAAUUCAAUUCUGUAAACUCUAUAUCGGAGAAGAAGAUUAUGGAUAGCUUAUGGACAUCACUAUAAUGAUAAACCUAGAACCCUUCGAGUUUUUGGAAUUAGGGCAGCAGCAAUUCAAGUUCAAAUUGCAUGGGCGUAAAAAGCGAUGCUGGAGCUUCGUAGAGGUGUAAGGAGAGGUCGCGCACCACCGCAACCACCACCACAACAACAACAGCAAGAAGAAGAAGAAGAGAGAAGGAGGCCAAGGACAAGAUUGGAAACGAAGAGAUUGAAAGAGGAGAAACAAGUAAAUUAUAAUAAGAAUAAUAAUAAGCAGAAGGAUAAUAAGGUAAUCGUGAUAUCUGAGGAAAGAGAAGUAGAAGAAGGAGGAGAAGAAGAGGAAGAAGAAAGUGAAAGUGAUUUUUCGAAUUUGGAGAAGAAAAAGAAUAAGAAAUUGGAAAUGGGAGAUGAGAGUGGUGGUUUGAGUGCUAAUAAUAAUAAAGCUGUUGCUCAAGAAGAGGAGGGCAGUACUGCUCCUUUCCCCGAAAAGGUUCAAGUGGGAGGGUCACCUUUAUACAAGAUAGAAAGAAAACUGGGUAAAGGUGGCUUUGGUCAAGUAUUUGUUGGUCGUCGUGUUAAUGGUGGAAAUGACCGUUCCAUGGGUCCUGGGGCUUUGGAGGUGGCUCUGAAAUUUGAGCACAGAAACAGUAAAGGUUGUAAUUAUGGCCCCCCAUAUGAAUGGCAAGUUUAUAACACUCUUGGCGGUAGCCAUGGUGUGCCAAGAGUACAUUACAAAGGAAGACAAGGAGAUUAUUAUGUCAUGGUUAUGGACAUGCUAGGGCCUAGCCUUUGGGAUGUAUGGAACUCUUCUGGUCAAGCGAUGUCCUCAGAAAUGGUAGCUUGUAUUGCAGUUGAAUCUCUAUCUAUCCUAGAGAAGAUGCAUUCAAGAGGCUAUGUGCAUGGAGAUGUAAAGCCGGAGAACUUUUUACUUGGUCAGCCGGGUACUGCUCAGGAGAAGAAAUUAUAUCUUGUUGACCUUGGAUUAGCAACAAAGUGGAGAGAUAGUAGUAAUGGGCAGCAUGUUGAAUAUGACCAGCGUCCUGAUAUGUUCAGGGGAACUGUUCGAUAUGCUAGUGUUCAUGCUCACUUGGGAAGAACUGCUAGUAGGAGGGAUGAUCUUGAAUCUCUGGCAUAUACACUGAUCUUCCUACAUCGAGGCAGAUUGCCAUGGCAAGGGUAUCAGGGUGACAACAAGUCCUUCCUAGUUUGCAAAAAGAAGAUGGCAACAUCUCCAGAAAUGCUGUGUUGUUUUUGUCCGCCACCUCUUAAGCAAUUUCUUGAGGUUGUGGUGAAUAUGAAAUUUGACGAGGAGCCAAACUAUUCUAAGCUAGUAUCUUUAUUUGAGGGCCUGAUAGGACCAAAUCCAGCUAUAAGGCCCAUAAACACUGAGGGUGCUCAAAAGAUUAUCUGUCAAGUUGGUCAAAAACGUGGUAGGUUGAAUAUUGAGGAGGAUGAUGAUGGGCAACCUAGGAAGAAGGUUCGUCUAGGAGUGCCUGCUACACAAUGGAUUUCUAUUUACAAUGCUAGAUUACCAAUGAAACAAAGGUACCAUUAUAAUGUGGCUGAUGGGAGGUUGGCGCAACAUGUGGAGAGAGGAAUUGCUGAUGGUCUGCUUAUAAGUAGUGUGGCAUCUUGUUCUAAUCUUUGGGCUCUGAUUAUGGAUGCCGGGACUGGUUUUACAAACCAAGUAUAUGAGUUGUCACCUUUUUUCUUACACAAGGAAUGGAUUAUGGAACAAUGGGAGAAGAACUAUUACAUUAGUUCUAUUGCUGGUGCAAAUAAUGGUAGCUCCCUUGUGGUGAUGUCUAAAGGCACCCAAUACACUCAACAGUCUUACAAAGUCAGCGACUCAUUCCCUUUUAAAUGGAUAAACAAGAAGUGGAGAGAAGGAUUUCAUGUGACCUCAAUGGCGACUGCUGGAAGCCGAUGGGGCGUUGUCAUGUCUCGCAAUGCUGGAUUCAGUGAUCAGGUUGUGGAGCUUGAUUUUCUUUAUCCAAGUGAGGGCAUUCACAGACGCUGGGAUAAUGGCUUCCGAAUUACAUCAACAGCUGCAACUUUUGAUCAAGCUGCUCUUAUCUUGAGUGUCCCCAGGCGCAAACCUGGUGACGAAACCCAGGAAACUUUGCGUACAUCUCAAUUUCCUAGCACACAUGUUAAGGAAAAAUGGGCGAAGAACCUCUAUCUUGCAUGUCUGUGCUACGGACGGACUGUUUCUUAAAAUAUCUAUUCCUCCUCUGGGGAAUUUAUGCAAACGAAGAAAACGAAAAGGAUUUUGAUGCUGCCACUACUCUCUCUCUCCAUCUGUCUCCUUCCUCUUUUGCCUGUGUAGUUUGUAAUGUUAAUUGUACAAAAUGGAGUAGGAGAAUUAGGUGCAGUGAUGGAGAUGCUAUACUUCUGUGUAUGAUAAAUAUUUUUCAUUGAUGUUGUAAUCUUAGUUCUUAAUACGGAAAGGGUCCGUCUAAUAGAUCUGGCUCCUACACAAUUUGUGGCUCAGAGUUUCCAGGAGAGCCUGAGCUGCAAGCUUGCUUGAUUUUUCUUUCUUGAACAGAUAAUGAAAGCUAUACAUUAUUACUCAA